AUGCCUACUAUCAACUCUAAAUCAUUCACCCAGUCUGUACCCAUACCCCCAUCCUCUGGACUGAUGAAGGACAUUCCCAUAACCUACAAUGUGCUAAAGGAGGCCUUGUCCAAAGAUGACACCUGGAAGGAAGCUGUAGAGAAUGGGCACAAGGAUUGGAAAUUAGACAUUCAGGUCAUUGUCAUAUCCAUCCCUGGCCAUCGACUUCCGAUCCCUCCGAUCCCUCCGGUCCACUUCCGCUCCUUCUUCACUAACCUCGGAGCUCCCAUAUUCCGCAAUCCCCUCGGUACCCCUCGAUGGUCACCACCCCCUCCUUUCAAUUUAUUACCUAUGCCUCCCUAA